AUGGAUAUUCAAACUUAAUAAUUAAAUGUGUAAGUGGCAGUCAGAGUGAGACCAUUAAGCAAUAAGGAACUAAAUGCAAAGGAUGAAUAUUGUUUAAAGACAGAAGAUAAUAGAGUAUGAAUUAUUAUGAAAAUAGAUAAUUUUGCCAUAAAGUGGUAAAAUAUUUACUUUUGACCAUGUAUUUGAUUAGGAUUCCAAUUAGGAGGAUAUAUUUGGUUGGUAAUUGAUUGGAUUGCUAAAUUUAGUUGUGUUACAAAUUUAAUUUUAAGAUGCUUUGAGGGAUAUAAUAGUACAAUAUUGGCAUAUGGCCAAACUGGUUCUGGGAAAACCUUUACAAUGGGAACAUCAGGUUUAGAUCAAUAUUCUGGUUUAAUAUUGUGAUUAAUGCAUAGAAUAAAAUGAAUGGGGAAUGAUACCAAGAGCAGUAUAUUUUUUAUUUGAUGAAGUGGAGAAAAGAAAAUAAGAACAGGACAUAAUAAUUACAUGCUCAUAUGUAGAAUUAUAUAAUGAAUAAAUAAUUGAUCUGUUGAAUGAAUCAACAAUUAAAUCAAAUUUAUAGCCAACUAUAAGAGAGGAAAAGGAUCAUACAAUUUCAAUUCAAAAUUUGACUACAAUAGCUGUAAUUAAUCCUUAAGAUAUGCUUCAAAUAUUAAAUAAAGGAGGAACACAUAGAACAACUGCAGCAACUCAAAUGAAUUUAAAUAGCUCACGUUCACAUGCAAUAUUUACAAUUUAUUUUGAAAUAAACCGGGAAUCUGAGGAAGGAUCUUUAAAUGCUAAAUUUCAUUUUGUUGAUUUAGCCGGAAGUGAAAGAUUAAAAAAAACUAUGGCAAUAGGUAAACAAAUGGAAGAAGGAAUUAAUAUUAAUUAAAGUCUUUUGGUUUUAGGAAAUGUAAUUAAAACAUUAAGUGAUUAAAAGAAAUCUGCUCAUGUUCCAUAUAGAGAAAGUAAAUUAACUAGGUAAUAAUAUAUAAAAAAUUUAUAGAAUUCUAUAAGAUUCUUUGGGAGGUAAUUCCAAUACUUAUAUGAUUGCAUGUAUUUCUCCUUCAGCAAGCAAUUAUGAAGAAACUAUUAAUACUUUGAAGUAUGCUAGUAGAGCAAGAGAAAUUAAAAAUAAACCUACUUAAAAUAGGGUAAUACAUAAUUUUAUUUUAGGAUCCUCAUGCUGCAUAGAUUAUAGCUUUAAAAUAAUAAAUAUUUGGUCUUUAGGAUUAAAUUAAGCAAUUCACUUAAAUACUAUAAGACAAUAAUAUUAAUACGGAUUCUGUUAAAUUUAUGUCAAAUUAAAUUUAUGAGUCAAUUUCACCAAGUUCUGGACCUUUGUAAUCAUGUUAAGAACAUGGAGAAAUAAUUUUAAAAUUAAAAAAUUAAAAUUAUCAAUUAGAAAAGCAAUUAAAUAAUUUAUAAAGAGAACUUUAGACUUGUUAAAAAGGACUUAGUGAGAGUAUGCUUGAAUGUUAUAAGGUUAAAAAAUAAAGGGAUUAAGUUAUGAAAUAAUUUCAAGAUGCUAAAAAGUAUUAAGUUAUAUUAUUUAGAUACUUAUAAAAAUAUAAUAUCUAAUUUAAUUUUAAUGAAGAUUAAUAAUUGGAUACUUAUUAUAAUGAAAUUGCUAAUUUGAAAAAGAUUGUUUAAGAACAAGAUGAAAGAAUAUUCCUCUUAUAAUCUAAUAAUGAUUAAUUAUUAAAAGUAUUUAAAUUUGAUACAUAACUUAGUACAGGAAGCACGCAGAGAUCAAAAGUUAUUAAGAUAAAAAUAACAUGAAUUAAUGAGAUUAGAAAAAAGAAAACAAGAUGUUGAUUAAAUUGAUGAUGAUUUUGAAUUAGAUGAUUCUGAAAUCAUAUAAAAAGAUCUCCAAAUUGAAGAGUAAGAGUAUUAGCUAUAAGAACUUGAUAAAAUUAAGAUCGAAACUAUUCAAUUAUUAUAAGAUGAUAAAUAAAACUAUUUAAAAUAAAUUUCUAUUUUGGAAGAAGAAAAAGCUAAAUUAUAAAAAUAAUUGAAUACUAAAUAGGAUUCUGCUUAAAUGAAUUAACUUAAAUUAAAAAUAUAAGAAUAUGAGACUAAAAUUUUGGAUAUGAGAUAGAAAGAAUUAACAUCAAAAUAAUUGUAAAAGAAACUAGAAGAUUAGGAAGGUUAAGUAAAAGAAUUAAGAAAUAAUAUUGAAUAAAUGAAAAAAUAAAAAGUUGAUCUUAUUAAGAAAAUGAAACAAGAAAAUGAAAAAUAUAUUAAAGAUAAAGAAUAAAAGCAUAAAGAAUUAAUACAUGCCAAAAAAUAAAAAAUAUAAUAAGAUACAUUAGUGAGUAAAUUGAAAAAUGAUAAUACUAAGAAAGAUGUCUAGUUAAAAAGAAAAGAAGAUGAAUUACAAAAAUAAAAGAAUGAAAAAUUAAUCAUCAAAUAACAUAAUCGAUAUAAUCCAAAUAAAUCAUUAUAAUAUGACACAUUUGAAAAAUAAAUUGAUGACUUAUUUACUGAAUUAAUUUUAGGUGAAUAAGCUGAAGAAUAAAUAAAUAAAGAAUGUUUUAAAUUAGAAGAACUAUAAGAAGAAUUAAGAUAAAUUGAAGUGAAGAUUUGUUCAUUAUAAAUUAAAAUAGAUUAACUCUAAUUUGAUAUCGCAUAAAACAAUACAUUAUAUAGCAUGGAAAAUGUUUAAUAAUUUGAACUUGAAUUAAAUGAUUUUUAGUAGAAAAGAGAAAAUAUAUCUGAAACCAUAGAAUUCUAAAUCUAAAAAAUUAAUGAAUAUCGUGUAAUAUCAUAAAAAGCAAAUGAUUAUUAUACGAUUGUUUUAACAAAUUAAUAUUUCAAAGAUUUACCAAAUUGGUGUACAAGAUCAUUUAGGUAUGUAAUUGAUAAUUGGGUUAAAGAUCAUUAUCAAAUGACUUUAUACGCUCAGUAAAUAGAGGAAUUAAAUUAAACAAAUUAAGAACUUAUAAAUUCAAAACCGAGUCCGAUAAAGAAAUCAAGUAGAUUAAGUACACCAAUAGAUGAUUUAAAAAGAUAGGUAAAUGAUUAUAAAAGAAAACUGUAAGCAUUAUAAAACUAACAUCGAACAACAAGCAUAGAAUUAGAUUAUUAUAAAAACUUUUAUAGUGAAUAAAUAAAUAAACAAUAAAAAGAUAAAUCAAUAGGAUUGGGUGGUUCAUAAUUAUAACAUUCAUAAUCAUUUCAUGCAUUUAGAAAUUCAAUUAGUAAAGAGAUUAAAUAAGAAUAAAUCCCUAUGGCUUUAACUCAUGUAAAAUCAUUUGGAUAAUUAGGGUCAAGCAUGAGAAUUAAAAAUUCUUUAUCUUAAAAUUGGAUCACAGAGUAACUGAAUUCAUCCUAAGAGAUUAUCAAUUAUGAGUAUUUAUUAAAAUUAGAAAUAGUAUUGUGAAAACCCUUUAAGGACAUGAUUAACCAAUUCUUUCAAUUUAUACAAAGGAUAAUAUAUUAUGUUCUGGAUAAUAUAAAUAAUUCAAGGUUUGGGACAUAGAAUGUCAAUAACUUAUAAGUACAAUAGAUUAAAGCAAUCACUGUAGAUCUAUAUAUUAUUGGGCUAGCCGAGAUGCUUUUGCAGUAUCUCAUGGAUCUCAAAUAUCUUUAUAUGAUCCUUUAACAUUAAUGUGUAAAGGAUUACUUAAAUCUUCUAUUGAAGAAAUCAAAUCUAUUACAAGUAUCAAUGGAUUAUUAGUUGCAGCUGGUAAAUCAACUAAUUCUAAUGCUUUAAAUAUUUGGGAUUCAAGAUAAAAUAAGUAAAUAAAAUUAUUAUCAUUAUUAUUCUAGUAUUUUGUAUGAAUUAGAAAAAGGCUCGGAUAUUUUAAGUCUUUAUGGUUCUGAUGAAAAUUCUGAAUUGAUUUAUGGAACAUUAAAACAUUAUACAAAAAGGAUAUCAUUUAAUAAAAAUAAAUAUAAUCAAAUUUAAUAGUUAUAGCCACCUUAAUUGGAUAAAGUAACAGGAGUUGCCUCUUUUAAUGAUUAUGUUGUUAGUUGGUAUAAAUAUUUAUUUAAUAAACUAGUUCUUUAAGUAAAAGAAUGUUACUAUGGAAUUAGUAAACAGGUUUAGAAAUUACAACAAAUGAUAGCAUUCAUAAAGAUUUGAUAACAGCUUUAACAAGUACUUAUUUAAUAUCAUUUUUAGUUGAUAAAAAUUUAAAAUUAAUUUACACAGCAUCCAAAGAUGGAAAUGUUAGGGCUAUUAAGGUUAAUGAAGAUGGUAAAUUUUAAUUAAUUCAUGAAAUUACAGCUUCAAAUGUAAUUUAUAUUUAUAUUAUCAUUUUAGUAAUAAAUAAAUACAUUACAUGUCAUCUAAGAUAAUCAUCUCGUUAUAAGUGGUGGACAAGAUAAAUUAAUUAAAAUUUGGAAACCUUCAAAGAAUUUAUUAUAAAUGCAAAAUGUUAUUGGUGAAUUUAUUCUUGAUGAAAAUUGA